AUGCACAGUACACGCACGAACGAAACGGCACUAUAAUCUACCGGGCGCCACCGGGCAAGUCAAAGGGAGGUGUAGACCCUCGGCCUCCUGAUCUCUCACCCACAGCUCAGCUAGAACUCACGCCGCCAGUCACGGCUUCCGUUCGUAUCGGUACUCGUACUAGAUCGAGUCUAAUCGUACUAGGCAUCGGGCGCGGUGAUUCACUGAUUGUUUUGGUGCUGGAAAGUUGACGUGAAGGCUGAAGAUUGAUCAUAUGAACAUAGGAUAUUGACCAACGACAACAUGCCAGGCGAUGCCGAUGAGAUCCUUCCGCGCCUGUGGCUUGGCGACCUGCAAGCUGCAGAGUCGGAACGCUUCCUUAAUGACCGCAAGAUCAGCCACGUUCUGAGUCUGAUCAACAUGCCCAUCACCGUACCCUCCGAGGUCGCUGUCAAUCAUAAACAAAUCAUCAUCAGAGAUCAGCCGGGUGAAGAUUUGCUGACACAUCUGGAGGACAUCCUGGCUUUUAUGGAGGAUGGUCUUGAUCCAGCUAAAGAGGGUAGUGUGCUUGUCCAUUGUGCUAUGGGGGUAUCAAGGAGCUCAUCUGCAGUUAUAGCUUACAUCAUGUACAAAGAGAAAUGCCCUCUUGUGACAGCUCUGAAAAAGGUUGUCGACAAACAUUCACAAACGUGCCCAAACACUGGAUUUAUGGAGCAGCUGAAGUUAUUUGAAGCCAUGGGCUGUCAGUGCGACACAACAAAUUCCCAGUUCAAACAGCACAGACUAUCACACUUAGCUGAGGAGAUUCAUUCCAGAGAAGAAAUUCCCAAAGAUCUACUAGCAUCUGAUCCCGCAGGCUCAUCGCCUGAUCCAGCAGGGGAUAAUACUCUCUACAAAUGUCGCAAAUGCAGGAGAGCAUUAUUUUGUCAGUCCAGUGUCAUAGCUCAUGAGAACACCAAAGGUCACAGAGACUUUGGCUGGCACAAGCACAAAGGUCAGAUGUCAAAGGAACAAGGUUCAAUCAGCUGUACAUCGGUCUUUGUUGAACCCGUUUCGUGGAUGGAAUCUUUUCUGAUGGGCGUUCAUGAAGGAAAGAUAUCUUGCCCAAAGUGUGAUUCGAGACUAGGUUCAUUCAAUUGGGCAGGUGCACAGUGCUCAUGUGGCUUUUGGAUGACACCUGCUUUCCAGAUCCAUCUCAAUCGAGUCGAUCAUAUGGUCCCUGUUCCCUGAUACCUUCUCAAUCUCAAUACCAACGCUGCACCACCACACGUCAGAAGGUUGGUCUUGUCCCAGAAAGAACAGGACAAACUAGAAAACAAUCCACUCCACCCACUCUUCGAACAACAGCCAGUGGGCAAGCGGCUCAAAUCCAGACACAGCUUUCUGCACUCUGUAGAGCCCCUUAAUACCAGCCCUCACAACCAAAGGAUGACUUUGUGGUCUAACCACCUCCAGACCACUCCACAUAAACUCUCCCUCAGCCCGAAGGAAUCCCUCGCAAACGGCUCCAGUGAGACUUGGCCUACCUGGCUAAGCCUGAACCGCCUAAGAACUGGCUACGGACCAUGCAGAGUCCUAAUUCAGAGGUGGGGUCUAGGAGACGAACAAACAACAUGUGAAUGCGGCCAGGAACAGACAAUGGAACACCUGCUAGUCUGCCCGCUCCUGCCAGAGCCAUGCACCCAAAAUGACCUCGAAGUUGUGAAUUGCCGUGCCAAAGCCUGUGUGGACCAUUGGACGGGACUUGUGUAGUGACUCGAUAAGAAGAAGACUGCAUUUAGAGAACAAGAUUGAAAACCACAGCGAUGAGUCGCCACUUUCUGGCUUGAUCUGCAUCAAUAUUUGUUAAAGACCUGGGGGUGUUUCAUAAAGCUGUUUGUAAAGUUAAGCAUAAC